AUGUCGCUUUUCUCCAAGAAGGAUCUAGGACUCUUGCUGCCGGACGACACACCCGGUGACCCGAUAUCGCUUCGCCACACCAAUACAAAAGAGAAGACUGACGUGUUCAAACCACUGAAGCCUCGAGUAGACCCGUCCAAGAAGGUGGUACGGUACCGGGCGGGCCAGGUGCCAAAGUUUGCGCAUGGAUAUGAAGAUGAUCGUGGCUUUGUAACAGCAAAUAGUCAAGUGCGAGUGCUGUCUAAGGCUAAAGCAAAACACAAGACGGGUCAGGUGAUCAGUACUGGACGAAAACGCGUGGAGGCACUGGUCGUGAGUUCUUCUGCACUUGUAGCAGAAAAAGUCAGUCGAAAUGAGGAAGAUGAUGCAAAAAUGAGUAGAGAUAACGAAGAGUCAAGUGGGGAAGACGUUGCGAAAGCGCUGCUAGAUUCGAGCUCGGAUGAGGAAGACGAUUCUGAUAUUGACCGACGUCGUCGAAUGCUACGCAGUAAAGUCAUGGCACGCGAAGCCCAGAGGGAAGAGAAGGAUAAGCAUGCCGAACCUGAGAAAGGAAGAGAAAGACAGCCAGUGGUGCCUCAAAUUGUGAAACAGAGCACAGUGACAGACCUGCUGCCUACUGCCAGUAAUGGCAACUUGGAGACUAGUAGCAGUUCUAGCUCGGAGUAUGAAACUGAUACAGAUGAUUCGGAACCUGGUGAGGAGCUCAUGAAGCCUGUGUUCGUGCCCAAAAAAUCUCGUGGCACAUUGAAACGUCAGGAAGAAAUUGCAGCAGAAGAGGAGCGACGCGAGAAACGAGAGCAGGAGAAGAUGAAGACACGAAAAAUGGAGUCGCGUCGUUUAGUUGCCGAAGACGUUCAGCGCGAGCAAAACAGCACGAAUAAAGGUGAUGAUGAUACAGAUGUGGAGAUGCCAGAUGAUACGGAUGGUCUGGAUCCGGCACAAGAGUACCGUGAGUGGGAACUGCGUGAAAUGCGUCGAAUUAAACGUGACCGAGACCGAAAGGAGCAGCGAAUAAAGGAAGAAGAAGAAGCUAGAAGGAGGCGAAACAUGACACAGGAGGAGCGCACUGCAGAGGACGCCAAAUUGAAAAAGAACGAACCCAAGCAGAAGAAGAAGCUCAAGUUUAUGCAGAAAUACUACCACAAAGGUGUAUUUUACGUAGACGACGAUAGCAUUCGCUCGAAGGAUGACGUGCGCAAGCGAGAUGCCACCGAGGCCACGCUAGAAGACAAGUUUAACAAGGAGAUGCUCCCAACUGUGAUGCAGGUCAAAAACUUUGGACGCGCUGGCCGCACGAAGUACACGCAUCUAGCAGACCAGGACACAUCCAGUCGGGACUCGUUGUGGGCCCGCAAUGACGACAUCCGCGAAAAAUACAAAAGCCAACUUGGUGGCAUGAAGGAUAUCGAUGGAUCGACGAAACGACGGAGAAAAGAGUAA